GUUUGACAGCAGGUGCUGAUGCUGCGCCUUUAAGAGGCAGUUCUCUUACUAUUGGUUAUUGCGAUUGUUCUCUGCACCAAUCACAUGCAAUGUUGUACAAAGAGAUCUACUCCCUCCCCCACUGACAUUACAACUUUCAGUUCAAGCGGAGAGGAGGGAUGUUAUAAUCUCUCCGAUAAGAUGGAUUCUAACAUAUUUUUGAGACAAAAUGGACAAGCGAAAUUGUCUUCUUGGUGGGAUCCCUAGUUUUUAUUAGAACGGUGAAUAGUCUGGAUAUACAAUCAAAAUGACAAAGAGGGUGGCAUUCAGAUGGUGGAGGCAUUAUUUGCUCUUCUUUUUUCUCUUUCUUCUUUUGUGGAGUACGACAGAAGGACAGACUCACUACUCAAUUCCCGAGGAAUUAAACGUGGGCGCUGUUGUUGGAAAUAUUGCAAAAGAUUUGGGUUUGAAAAUAUCUGAGCUGUAUGACCGUAAAUUACGAAUAGCUUCUGAAUCAGGUAAGCAGUAUUUCAGCGUGGAUUUACGAAGAGGAGAGAUUGUGGUUAAUGAGAAAAUCGACAGAGAGAUCCUUUGUGGAGAAAACGCAAAAUGUCUGUUGCCUCUGCAAAUCGUUAUUGAGGAUCCUUUACAACUUUACAAAGUGGAAGUCGACAUACAGGAUAUUAAUGACAAUUAUCCGCAUUUUCAAUCGAUGGACCGUGUUUUAAAAAUAGCAGAAUCCACUGUCCCUGGCAUGCGCUUUCCUUUAGAGAGCGCAGUAGACCCAGAUGUAGGCAGUAACUCUUUAAAAACGUACACUUUGAGUAAAGACGAAUGUUUCAGUUUAAAGAUAAAAGAUCUUGGAGAUGGGCGAAAGGUACCUGAAUUAGUCCUGGAGAAACCUCUGGACCGCGAGAAGAAACCGAUUCAUCAGCUGAUGUUAACUGCCUUAGACGGAGGAAACCCGGUUAGAUCAGGAACGUCUCAAAUUAAUGUCACUGUGCUGGAUAACAAUGACAACAACCCCGUAUUUGAGAAAAAUGUUUACAAAGCGGCUAUUUCUGAAAACACAAAAAAGGGCACGACGAUUAUUAAAGUUGAAGCAAAAGACUUGGACGAAGGUCCUAAUGGAAAGAUAAAAUAUUCUUUAGGAGAGCACACUUCUGAUGCUUUGCGCUCGUUAUUUCACAUUGAUGAGAAUACCGGGGAAAUUAUUCUAAACGGAGAGUUGGACUAUGAAACCACUCCUAUGUACAACAUUGAGAUUAAAGCCAGAGACAGAGGUGUCCCCGAAAUGGAGGGCCAUUGCACAGUUAAAAUAGAAGUAUCGGAUAUUAACGACAAUCCACCGCAGAUACUGCUUACGUCUAAACCGAGCCCUGUGCGAGAGGACGCGCCUAGCGGGACAGUUGUAGCGUUAAUAAGCGCACGGGACAUCGACUCUGGUGACAAUGGAAAUGUCAGUCUGCAGACACAGUCUGACCUUCCGUUUCUUUUAAAACCAUCUUUCUCAAACGAAUAUUCGUUGGUGACAAACGGUGUUUUAGACCGCGAAACGUUCUCUGAGUAUAACGUGGAAAUCACUGCAUUUGACUUAGGCUCGCCCCGUUUAAGUAGCAAAACAAUAAUUCCAGUUAAAAUUCUUGAUGUUAACGACAAUGCCCCAAAGUUUUCUGAAAACGUGUAUUAUGUGUACGUAAAAGAAAAUAACACUCCAGGCUAUAUUAUCUGUUCAGUAUCUGCUCAAGACGUUGAUGUCGGCGUAAAUGGUAAAAUAUCAUACUCUAUUGAGAACCCUAAAAAUUGGGAUACUCCAAUAUCCUCGUAUAUGUACAUAAACGCUGACAAUGGAAGCAUAUUUAGCAUGCAUUCGUUUGACUUCGAAAAAAUAAAAGUGUUUGAGGUCAUCGUUCAGGCUAAAGAUCAUGGUUCUCCAUCUUUAAGUAGUAACGCGACAGUUCAUGUGUUUAUUUUGGACCAUAACGACAAUGCACCUGCUGUCAUUUACCCGUCCACAUCCAUGGGGUCUGUCUCUCAUCAGAGGAUGCCCCGUUCUGCUAAAGCAGGACAUCUCGUUACUAAGGUAACAGCAGUGGACGCGGACUCGGGUCAUAACGCCUGGCUGUUCUACAGGCUCGCGGAGGCCACGGACGCGUCUCUGUUUAGUGUCAAUUUACAUACGGGAGAGGUGAGGACUAAACGCGCUGUUUCAGAGCACGACGACUCCUCUCAGAGACUGCUGAUAGAAAUAAAGGAUAAUGGAGAACCGAUCCAGUCCGCCACAGUCACAGUGGAUAUACUGAUGGAGGACGGCUUUCAUGAGCCCAUCUCAGACUAUAGAGAGAAAACUAUCGAGCCCAACAAGAAAACUGGCAAAAUAACAUUAUAUCUGAUCAUCUCUUUGGCUUCUGUGUCCUUGUUGUGUCUAUUGACGUUUUUCAUCUUACUGGUGAAAUGUGCGCGAGGCAGUAUAAGCUGCUGUAUCAGGAGGACAAACUCUGAAUACAAGAACCCCAACAGAAACCUGCAGAUCCAGCUCAACACUGACGGGCCCAUUAAGUAUGUGGAGGUUCUGGGAGGAGACAUGAUGUCUCAGAGUCAGUCCUUUGGCUCCUAUCUCUCUCCAAUGUCAGAAUUCAGUGAUCUCACCCUCGUUAAACCCAGCAGCACCACAAACUUUACAGACACACUAAACGUGCUUGACGCGUCAUUACCAGACAGCGCGUGGACGUUCGAGAGCCAACAGCAAAAGCCGCCUAAUGCUGACUGGCGAUUUCCCCCAAACCAGAGGCCUGGACCUAGCGGCCAACACAGGUUCCACACCCUGCAGCAGAGAUGGACUCCAUACGAGAAGUCCAGGGCUGGAGCUCGUCCUGAUGAGGCAGGUGCCAGCGCUGGUGUGAUCGCAGGAACAGGACCAUGGCCCAACCCCCCUACCGAAGCUGAACAGCUCCAGGCUCUGAUGGCAGCAGCGAACGAAGCAAGUGAAGCCACUGCAACUCUCGGCCCUCGCUACAAUCCACAGUACGGCCCAGACUACCGCCAGAACGUCUACAUCCCUGGCAGCACCGCCACCCUCACGGCCAACCCUCAGCAGCAGGUACCCCAGCAGGCCCUUCCCCCUCCCCAAGCCCUUCCUCCCGUCGAAGCCCCCAAGGCAGCUCAGACGCCCGCUAGCAAGAAGAAGCCUACUAAGAAAGACAAGAAGUAAGACAGAAGCGUGGAAGCACUAUAAGAGCUGCAGAAAUAUGUCGCCAGGAUCUGAGCAUCUCUCCUCAAAAAACUAGUCCACAGGUUUGGAUCUUUAGAUCUUUAGUCUUUAGAUUUAAUGUUCUUUUCUGUGAGGUUUUUAUUUGUUUGUUUUAGAUUUCCCUAUUUUUAUUGAUUGUAUUUUGAAUUGUAUUGCAAUAUCUUACUCAAUAACCCCAAAAAUCAAGCAUUUCCUGUUUUGUCGCUGAAACAAAGAAUGACUGAACAAGAGGAGAUGUGUUCAGAUUCCCGAAGCUCUUUCUCUGACAGAUAACACUGUCUUGUAAAUAGCAUUACUAAAACAAGAAGAAACUAUACAUUUCUUCUUUUAUUUUAUUUUUUUCCAAAUGUCAUGUUUCAGCCUUCUUUUUGUGUUUUUUUCAAAGCAAAGUAGAUGCUUCUUGUGGUUACAAAUUGAAACGCUGGUAGGCUUUUUAACAAUGUGCCACAACUCUCACCUUGACUGAAAAAAAAUAAAAAAAAAUUGAGCUGAACUAUGCAGUGAAAACAGGAUACUAAGAAAAAAAAAGGGCACAAGAAAGUAUAUUUAACUAUUUUUUUCGGAGUAAGAGAAUACAUUUGCGUUCGGUGAGACACUGUUGGCAUGGUUUUUAAAAAUAGAUUCAGUCUUCAUUAACUUCUUAAUAGUCAGUUAAGCAGAAACAAAAGUUAGGUUAACAACAUUUGACUAUUCUUUGCAUUUAUUUCCUGUUAGCUUGGUAUAAGAAUCCUGGAAAUGCAAGUAAUGUAAACGGUGUUGUUGAAGCUCAGAAAAGAGCUUCAACAACACCUCAGCCUUUGUAAGGUCAAGAUCAGAGAAAGAUUUAGUUCAAAGUGAAUGCACUAAGAGUUAAUGGGAAACUUGAAGUGAACCAAAAAGAAAGAAACAAAUAAUGAACAUGUGGAAAGACUAAUGACUAACUUAAGUGUUGUACUUGAAUGGAUCUUAGAUGGAAGGAUUCUGUCCAUUGUUCUGCACCAACCACCACCACCACAGUGUAUAUAAAAUGUGUAACCUGUCUGUACAAACAUUAGAGCCACAAGGGCUGGCUGUUACAGGAAUGUUUCAGUAUUUUUU